AUGACAGAAAUGGAAAAACAGAAUUCUGAAAAUGUGAGAGAAUUACAAGAUCUGCGUGAAGAACUGGAUCAGUUAAGGGAAGAACUGGAUGCUCAUAGAUUCAGAGAGAAUCAGUUAAGGAAAGACUUGGAUGCUUCCAUAAGCAGAGAGAAGCAGUUAAGUCAAGAGAUUGAUGCUCUCAAAGAGAAAAAAUAUGAACUAAAAGAAGAGUUGUUUGACCUUAGGGAUCAUAAGAGACGGGUCAAUGCAGAACUGAUCGCCUCCAAUGAAAGAGAGAGUCAGCUGAAGUCUGACAAUGAGAAGCUUCAAAGAGAACUGGAGCAACUCAAAGACAAUGAGAAAAAGAGAGAAAAGAAUCCAAGAGAAUCAAAGCAUAAGGAAGAAUUUCUGCUCACAGAGAAAGAAGAAGUACAAGAAGAGUAUGACAUAUCGAGAAGAAGAGAGGAGGAACUGCUGCAGACAGUCACUGGGUCACAGCACGGCAUUCAUAUCUCAACAGCAGUUACUCCCCCUAGUGUUUCUGAAAACAAAGUCAAAUCUCUGAGUGGAAGAGAAUGUGAGGUGGAAAGAAAACAAAUAGAUUCACAGUCCAGCAGAUCACUUGAAGGUGAAGGAUUGAAUCCUGCGAGACAGAACAUCAUACAAGAUCCACCCAACAGAUAACAUGUACUUUAUCCAUGACAACGGAGUUCCUGUUUUCCAGACCAUUUCUCCUUCCUUUCCUCUUGCUAAUAACAUUUCAAUAUAUUCCACAUUUACGGAGGAAAAGAAGUUUCAGAGGAGCAGCAAUUUUCUGGAUCUCUCUUCUCCUGACUCAGAUGAUAGUGACUGAAUUGUAUUAAAAUCUGAAGCUAUUUACUGUUGUGUAUCUCCUGAAAUAAUCUCUAGAAUGUGAUGAUAACAGACAGCUGUAUUUCCUAGUAUUUCCAUAGUGAGGGAUGCUCUUUUUUUUUGCACUUUUUUUUUUUGCUUUUUAUUCUGUGUAUGAGCAGUGAGGGAGGUUAGAUUGUGUUGUUCAUUUCUAUUUUACUUUCUAGGUAAGAAUUAGCAUCUACGUUAGUUUGGUUUUAUUUUUUAUUUUGAGCAUGUUCCCUUCCUGUGGACAUUUUGAUCCUCCAUUAAAAUAAUAAACAUUUUCUUUUCAAGAA